GUGCCCUCCAUUUCUUUCUCUCUCUCUCUCUCUCUCACUCUCGAUUUUAAUAAAUAUAUAUCACAAAACUCCAUUAAGCACCCAACCCCAGCUCCAGCUCCACCCCCCAGCUUUCAUGAAAUUUCUUUUGAAAGUUUGGUGAUUUUUGUCUUAGUGGGAUGGGAAUUGGGAAGAAAUGGUGAAUGAAUUGCAGAAGAAAGAGCAAGGGUUUUGAUGCUGAAUUCUAAAUGAGGUGUAAGAAACAUCCAACGGACCUGAGCAGCGGCGUCGGCGUCUGCGCAUCGUGUCUCCGGGAGCGUCUCUUCUCGCUGAUCGCCGCACAGGCCGAGGCACAGGCGAGGGCGCAGGCACAGGGGCGGCUCGCCGAGGAUCGCCGCAAAUCUGAUACGCAUCCGCCGCCUCUCGUAUUUCCUCGGUCUGUAUCUCCUUACGUGUGUCGCCGGAAAUCUGACGACGUUGCCUGUGGCCACCAGCUAUACGACACCGUUUCUCAGCGACGGUUCUACAGUACUCCUCAGGUGGGCCCCACGUACAGUAAUACUGGCACGGUGGCUUCUUUUGAUUUGUUCAAGAAGAAGCCGAGCAAGUUCGCUUUUGUUAAGAGUCUGUUCCGAUCCAGAUCCGAAACGUCCGAAUCGGAUCCUAGGGUUUCUCGGGGAACGACGACGAGUUCCUCGUCAUCGUCGUGGUUAGGUUCGAUUUUCUCCGGGUGGAGCAAGAAGCAAUCGAGAUUGUGUGACGAGACCAACGCCGGCGGGCGCCGAGUCUGCCGGAUGAAUCGCGGAAUGUCCCCUGCGAGGAGGGAGGAUGAGGAGGACGACUACGAUUUGUCUCCAUCGGCCAGUGGAUACUCGUCCGAGUCGCAGGCCUGGCGGAGGACGCCGACGGCUACAGCGCCGGCGACGCGACGGGCGCGGCCUACUCUCGGGCGAAACGUGUCAGGAUUGGCGUUUUGCAUGAGUCCGUUGGUGAGGGCGAGUCCUAACAGGCAGUGGAACCAGAAGGGAAUGCCGCCGGAGAUUGGCCUCCCCGGCGAGAUUAGGGUUCAGACGAAGCCGAACCUGUCGACGGCGGCAGCGUUCUGUGCGAACAGAUCAAGGAAGCUUGCUGAUUUCGGAAGAUUCAACCACAACCAUUGAUUGCGACGACCGUUGACAUUGACCCCAAUUUGAUGAUUGUGAUUUCUUCACAAGUACGGUUUCGCCCCUGAUGUUUUCCCAGUUUUACUCCUUUUUCUUUUUUUCUUCCUUUUUGGUUUGUUUCAUAAAUUAAAAAUUACGUAAAUUAAAAAAAAAUUAUCUUUGUUUGUUUUGUACUGCUGGUGGUGGUGAUGGCAUCCCAAAUUAAACUCAAAAGAAAGGGCGUGUGUGAGUGCUUCUUCAGUUCUUCUCACUUCAACAUUGUACUUGCAUUUUUCCUUU